AUGGACGUUACAUCUCUCAUUCCUCGUCUUUUAUUUCUUUCAGAGAUUUAUCUUCUCGUUUCCCAUGCCUUUGUAUUCACUCGUCUUUAUAAACCUAAAGAACAAGCAUUGAAGAAUAUGGGCAUGUGGUUCUUCUAUGAUGGAGUGAGUGGUUUGAGUAUUUUGUUUGUUUUAUCGGAACAAACCUUGAAUUCCAUUUACUUUUAUUUUGUAAUGUUCCAUUUCAUUGCACACAUGUUUUAUGUGUUGACUUGGCACAAUGGUUACUAUUCGAUUAGAAUUAGAAAAUGGAGUAGUGCAGAGUAUUCUCGAGAGGCACCCUAUGUCACUGUGGAUUUCUUUUUGACACUCUAUGACAUGUCCAUUCAUGCAAUCAAUGCAUUCUUAUUGUAUCAGAGUGGAAAAUUUAGCCAUUUCAUUUAA